AAAUACAAAAAAAAGACAACACAAAUUGAAAUUUCCUUGGGAGUCCAAAAAUGUCCUCCCCCCUAGUUUUGGUGGAUUCAUUGUUACAUGAAUUCUAUGCCCCGGCCACACCUAAUAAUCGCAAACGAGAAAUAGAAUCCGAUUUAAUCGCCUUUAAAAAUCAAUCCGAUGCCUGGAAGACAUGUCUGAGUGUGAUCAGUAAUGCCGGCACAUUUGAACAAAAUCAAUUUCUAUGGUUUUUCUGCACCUCAACAUUGGAACAUUCGAUAACGCGUCGAUGGAUGCAGCUGGGCAGUUCUGAUCGUCUGGCAAUCCGUGAGACUCUAUGGCGUACCUAUAUCGGUUUAUCGCCGGUGUCCACAGUGAAACGACAACGUGACACCUAUGCUCAGCUAAUCGCUCACAUGGGAAAACGUGAAUUUCCCGAUGAAGAUCCGAAUUAUAUUGCCCACUGUAUCACUUUGAUCAAAUCGAAUUUUGUUUUAGGCCUGUGCCUAUUGCGUACCACAUCUGAGGAGGUGGUUAGUAAUCGUGAAGAUGUUAGUACUGAUCGAAAACAAUAUUUUCAUUCCUGCAUUUCCAUGUGUAUGCCUGAAAUAAUGGAUUUAUUAACAAAAUAUUUACUAAUAGCUGUGUGUCAUAUUAAUGGCAAAGACAUUCAUUCCAUAUCAAAUACUCUCAUGGAUUAUAGUUUAAUAGCAACGCUGCCAAAUGACAAUCAAUUAAGUUCCUCUGUGUUAGAACUGCUAACGUGUAUCCAACAUUUAGUAUCAUGGAUACGAACUGAUUUAAUAUCUGAAUAUUUUCUUAUGUCCAUAUUGGAUAUAUCACAAUGGCGUUCAGCACAUCAAGACUUGUCAUUGGCCGGUCUGUCGGUUCUUAACGAGCUGUUGUAUUUACAAAAGACAUUACCCUGCAGUCUGACACUAAUGAAUGGUGUUAAUGUCCUCUUGGAACAGCAUAAUACCUCUAAACAGCAAAGUGAAAUGUAUAUUGAUAAAUUUCGUGAAUUACUGCGUCUCUAUGCGGUUAAGUAUUGGCAAAAAAUGUUACAAGAAUCAACGGUAUUGGAGGUGUUUUUAAAGGCCCUAUAUACUUGUACGAUAUGUGAAAACGGAGCCUAUGAUUUCACGGAAAAAUUGGAGAUUUGGACACCCAUCAUUAAGGGCUUGAGUAUGAAUGCAAAAUUGAAUCGUUACAAUGAUAUAAUACAUCAAUUGGUGGGUGAAAUAAUGCGUCGCACACAGUUUGAAUAUAACAAGACUGAACUGGAAUUGCUUGACAAUGAGCUAAUGGAGGAUAAUACUCAAACCGAAUGGCAGCAAUAUCUAACCCAAUGUAUUGAAUGUAUUGCCUUGGUGGCGGAGUCACGACCCAAUGCUGUAUUCGCUCAAGUAUUUAGCCAUUGGUCCCGACCACACAUACAACUGCAAUCCAUUGAAAAUGAUAUCGAUUGUGGCAAAACAUUUGAAGUAAUGCGUAAGCUACGAUCUCAAUUAUUCGCCGAACAUUUGAAAGACUUUGCCACGGUGUGUCAGGCUGUGGUAAGAAUAGCACCAUUACUGGAUUUGAAUGCCGCAACUGAUGCCGCCUCCGAAGUUAACUGCCAUUUAAAUAUAUUAGCCGAUAAUCUCUUGACAACAUUGAAAUUUUUUACCAGCAACAAAUUAAAUGCCAUCGAUGUUGAUCGUUCAACAUUUCAGACUGAUUAUGAUUAUUUAUAUGCUCAAGUUCUUAUGGCCAUACGUAGCAUUUUACCGCUGUGUCAAUCCCUGAAAUCGGAUCACAUGCUAUUACAACUUUUCGAAUCGUUGGGCAAUAUCUUCCAACCCAAUACCAUAAUGGGUUCAUCGCCAUUAAUUUAUAUGGCAGCAAGUCAAUUGUUGCUCUGUAUAUCAUCUGUGAUACGUCCCAAAUGCCUAUUGGAUAUACCGACAAUUGCCAAUCUAAUGCAAUCGGGUCCACGUCUAUCGCAUUUACCACGUCAAGUUAUUGCAAAUAUUUACAUAAGUCUAAUUAGUUAUUUAGUAUUACCCUGGAAGAAUGUCCACGAACAGCAGCAGGACUACAGCAGACGUUGUCAAAUUCUGAAAGAAUAUAUCAGCUGUAUUGCACAGAGUUUCCUGGAAUUGGAUUUGAAUUCGGUGUCACCGGCAACGGGCGAGGCAAAAGUAUCUUCCAUAUCGUUAAGUUUAUUGGUAACAUUUAGUUUAGUUAUUGAAUUCUUUAAAGACUCUCCAAAUACCACAAAAGACAUGUUGGCCCAAACGUUUAAGCCAAUCUUAACAAAAGCUUUAGUCAUUUACAAUACAUUUGGUCAAAGUAGUAAUGCCCUGGCGAUUACUAUUGCGGAAUUUAGUUUAAGUGUUUUACGUACUCUACAAAGUCAAUUGGGCUCACAGUUUAUUAAGGAAAUGAUAACACUUUUUAUUAGUGUUAACAGUAGACAACAAUUGACCGUAAGUCGUGUUGCAGUUAUGGAAAAAAUUCUACAAAUGUUCCAAUUAAUUGUUCAACAACCAGGCAGUGCAUCAUUGGCCAUGUUGCCAUCAAUUCUUGACUUUACAUUUGAACACUUAAUGCCAAUGGUUCAGAUGGAUAAUAAUCUAGCCGAUACGUCGGAUAUUGCAAGUGUGGUUUAUGGUUUAUUUGAUAGUAUCCUCACCUGUAAAUGGCAGUAUUUCUAUGGCAACAAUGCAACAUCAAACUCGACAAUGCAUCUGUCAAGUGAUAACAAACGGCAAGAACAUUUUAUGGCCAUAAUGAAUGCCUAUGGUCAGAUAUUGGUUACCGGUAAUGAUCCGAAUAUUGUGCGCACCGUGUUAAUGUCAAUGCAAAAUGUCCACGAGAAAUGGCGUUUAUAUCAGAGACCAUUAUUUAAAGAGCUACUGCCCUCAUUUCAAAGUGCUCUCAUAAAUGUUUUGCUGUCCGGUGAGGGGGCGUUACACUUCGAUAUUUUGGCAAGUGCCCUGUUUGCCAUGUCACAGGUGGAUGCAUUGAAAAUGCGUGAAAGUUUUGCCAAUGCCGGUCUACCAAUAAAUAUGAAAUUAAUUGAUGAAAUAUGUUCAACAACGGACAUUCCAACAUUUUCACAAAAACUAACUCAACUAAUACAAGAUGCCCAUUGUGUACAUUUAUCGCAAACAUAAAAAA